GGAAUGUUUUGGAUCUGAUCUCCACGUGGAACCACAAGGUAACUUCUCCGCUUCAUUGCGUAUUUAGCACCAGAAGCAGCUACCCCUGUCUGUGGAGUUUAAGUAUUAUUAAAACCAAACAGUGUUGUGAGACAUGUCAGCGGCAGGUCAGCCCAGCAGGAGCCAGAAUAUCCCGGCCGUAAGACGGGUCACCAUCCACGAUGCUGCCCACAUGCCGCAAGACUACUCCACGACCCCCGGGGGGACUCUGUUCAGCACCACGCCAGGAGGUACCAGAAUCAUCUACGACAGGAAGUUCCUCCUGCAGUGUCGGACGUCUCCUCUGGCCCGCACGCCUCCCAAUCUGCCCGACAUCCCCGGAGUCACCAGUGCACUCAAACCCAACGACACAAACCAGCCAGAACAGACCCCCAGCAAAAACUCCAACCACAGCCAGCAUACAGAGGAGAGCGCAGAUGACCAGUUUGAAAUGGACAUCUGAAGAGGCUCUGCUGGACGGAUAAAAGUGAUUCCCAACAUUUUUAUUUCUUUUUUUUUAUGUCAGUAAAAAAGAGAAGCAUAGUCUUACUGAGCCGAGUAAUCCUCCUUCAGAUUUGUUCUGAAAAUGAGAUGGCAUUUUUUUUUUUUUUGUAAUGCUUAAAUCGUGUAAAAAUGUUGUACUCUUACAAAACAUCAUGAAUGCAUAAUUGUUUCUUUACUUUGAAUACACUGGACUGUGUAUGACCUGUGACAUGUUUGACAAGUAAGUCAAAGUCUUGUUGAAAUUAAACAAUUAACAUUUUA